AUGGAGGACGGAGCAAGUCCUCUUAAUAUAGCUUGUCAAAACGGACAUGAUAGCACUGUACAACUUUUACUGAGUAAAGGAGCAGACAUUAAUUUAUGUAUGGAGGACGGAGCAAGUCCUCUUUAUAUAGCUUGUCAAAACGGACAUGAUAGCACAGUACAACUUUUACUGAGUAAUGGAGCAGACAUUAAUUUAUGUAUGGAGGACGGUGUCACAAGUCCUCUUUAUAUAGCUUGUCAAAACGGACAUGAUAGCACUGUACAACUUUUACUGAGUAAAGGAGCAGACAUUAAUUUAUGUAUGGAGGACGGAGCAAGUCCUCUUUAUAUAGCUUGUCAAAACGGACAUGAUAGCACUGUACAACUUUUACUGAGAAAAGGAGCAGACAUUAAUUUAUGUAUGGAGGACGGAGCAAGUCCUCUUUAUAUAGCUUGUCAAAACGGACAUGAUAGCACUGUACAACUUUUACUGAGUAAAGGAGCAGACAUUAAUUUAUGUAUGGAGGACGGAGCAAGUCCUCUUUAUAUAGCUUGUCAAAACGGACAUGAUAGCACUGUACAACUUUUACUGAGUAAAGGAGCAGACAUUAAUUUAUGUAUGGAGGACGGAGCAAGUCCUCUUUAUAUAGCUUGUCAAAACGGACAUGAUAGCACUGUACAACUUUUACUGAGUAAAGGAGCAGACAUUAAUUUAUGUAUGGAGGACGGAGCAAGUCCUCUUUAUAUAGCUUGUCAAAACGGACAUGAUAGCACAGUAGAACUUUUACUGAGUAAAGGAGCAGACAUUAAUUUAUGUAUGGAGGACGGAGCAAGUCCUCUUUAUAUAGCUUGUCAAAACGGACAUGAUAGCACUGUACAACUUUUACUGAGUAAAGGAGCAGACAUUAAUUCAUGUAAGAAAAACGGUGUCAGUUCUCUUUUUACAGCUUCUCAAAACGGACAUGAUAGCACUGUGCAACUUUUACUGAGUAAAGGAGCAGACAUUAAUUUAUGUAUGGAGGACGGAGCAAGUCCUCUUUAUAUAGCUUGUCAAAACGGACAUGAUAGCACUGUACAACUUUUACUGAGUAAUGGAGCAGACAUUAAUUUAUGUAUGGAGGACGGAGCAAGUCCUCUUUAUAUAGCUUGUCAAAACGGACAUGAUAGCACUGUACAACUUUUACUGAGUAAAGGAGCAGACAUUAAUUUAUGUAUGGAGGACGGAGCAAGUCCUCUUUAUAUAGCUUGUCAAAACGGACAUGAUAGCACUGUACAACUUUUACUGAGUAAAGGAGCAGACAUUAAUUUAUGUAUGGAGGACGGAGCAAGUCCUCUUUAUAUAGCUUGUCAAAACGGACAUGAUAGCACUGUACAACUUUUACUGAGUAAAGGAGCAGACAUUAAUUUAUGUAUGGAGGACGGAGCAAGUCCUCUUUAUAUAGCUUGUCAAAACGGACAUGAUAGCACUGUACAACUUUUACUGAGUAAAGGAGCAGACAUUAAUUUAUGUAUGGAGGACGGAGCAAGUCCUCUUUAUAUAGCUUGUCAAAACGGACAUGAUAGCACAGUACAACUUUUACUGAGUAACGGAGCAGACAUUAAUUUAUGUAAGAAAACCGGUGUCAGCUUAUUAAAAGGGAAUGCAGACUCUUGUCUUUCUAGUGGCCUCAAUCCUUCCUAUUUGGAUUUUUUUGAUAAAAAUGAUAGCACCAUAAAUUUUUUGCUUCAAAGAGACAACAUUUAUAAUAACAUAUAUGACCCGGAUUCAUAUUUCUCCCUCUUUGUAUUCUGUCAUGUUGAAAGAAUGUCAAGAGAAUUAUUUAGGAAAUUGUAUGAGCAUUGACUGUAAUUUUUGUAAACUACUUUUAUAGUCCAUAACUUAAUAGAUGUGUGUUAUGAUGAUAAUGCCACAUAACACGUUCAGCAGAUGCUCAAGGACACGUUUUGAAAUACUUAACCUUACACCUGAGUGUGUAGCAAAUUUCAUUUUUCAGCAAUACAUGUGUUUUUGUUGCAAACUAAAAGGGUUUGAUCUUAAAGAGACAUUUCUUAUGAGGCUUCAUUGACUUAAAAUGUAUUUGCCUACAUCGAUGAUUAUUUCCUUCAUAUUUUAAUCCAAUGCACUUGCUCACAAUUGUUGUGUUGUUUUUACACCUGUAAUCUUUUUUAAAGUAGCACAUUACUGUAUCGAAUUAUUUUUGUCUUUAAGAAAUUACAUUGUUGAUAAUCACUUCAAUAUGUGAGUAUUAUUAACGUCAAUAAUGUAA